GGAGAGGAAAGGGGCAGGCAGCAUUGAACCGGAGCUGGAGCUGGAAUCAGAGCCCAGAACCCCAGAGCCCAGUGGCCACGUCCAGUGCCACGGUGGAGCCAAGGUGUGGGGUGGCAGUGAGGGAGAUGGGGAGGUCUCUUGCCAGAAUGCGAGAGUGAACCUCAGCAUGCGAAGUCUUGGCACAGUCCCGUGUGUUCCAGCUCUCCCUCCCGGGACAGGCGGACACCCAGACGGGACGCCCCCGCGACGCCCCGGGCUUCCAAGAGUCUGUUUCUUGUCCCCUACAGCUACCCGGCUAAAUAACCUGGGGACUUAGGCUGGAGCCGCAGAAGGGGCACAAGCGCCUAGGGGGAUUGCCUUUACCUGCCAGCUCUAGGGAGUGUUGGCAGUCUAAGGGUUGUUGCACGGAGGGACUCGGUGUUAAGGGAAUCCCCUCUUUGGCCUCUUUCCUCCCUCCCCACCUCUUCCAGGUGAGCCCGCCGCCCGCCGGUCAUCCACUCCUAGUGAGCCUCUGUCACUCUCCUAGAGGCGACAUUCGGUCCCUAGGGGUCCUCUGCCCGCUGGACUUGUCAUGUCGUCCGUGUUUGGCAAACCCCGGGCUGGGAACCUUGGUCCUGAGCGCCUGGUACACAGUUCGAUCCCCGAGGUUAACGUGGCCAUCCUGGGUUGCAGAGGAGCCGGGAAGUCUGCUUUGACCGUGAAGUUUCUGACCAAGCGAUUUAUCAGUGAAUAUGAUCCCAAUUUGGAAGAUACCUAUACCUCAGAGGAGACUGUGGACCAACAACUAAUCCUGCUGAGAGUGAUGGACACUGCAGACCAGGAUGUUCCCAGAAACUGUAAACGCUACCUAAGCUGGGCCCAAGCCUUCCUAGUCGUCUACAGUAUUGAUGACCGGCGAAACUUUGAGGGUUGUAGUCAAUACCUGGAGAUCAUUGCCCACCAUGCAAAGGAAACCCAACAUGACUACCCUGUACUGCUUCUGGGGAACAAGCUAGACAUGGCCCAGUACCGGCAGGUCACCAAGUCAGAGGGCAUGACUCUGGCUAGCAAGUUUGGGUGUCUGUUCUACGAGGUGUCUGCCUGCCUAGAUUUCGAAGCCGUGCAGCAUGUGUUCCAUGAAGCCAUCCGGGAGGUACGGAGGGAGCAGGAGAGAAGCGCACCCACCCGGCCCCUCUUCAUCUCUGAAGAAAGGUCCAUUUUCCAUCAGCCCCCCCUCACUGCCAAGCACGGCCUGCCUAGCUGUACCUUCAACACCCUCUCUACUGUCAACUACAAGGAGAUGCCUGCCGUAGCCCAGGCCAAGCUGGUGACUGUCAAGUCAUCCCGGGCCCAGAGCAAGCGCAAGGCCCCCACCUUGACCUUACUAAAAGGCUUCAAGAUCUUCUGAGACCCUUGCUAUUUACCACCCUCCACCCCAGGGGGCAACUGUAUGAGAGGCAAAAGGGGACAGUAUGAGUAGAAGCAGUCCUUGGGGCAGCUAAUAGAACUGUGCCCAUCAGUUCAGACUGUCAGGAUAAGGGACUGAGCCCUUUGGGACAGACUCUCCCCCUGACUGACUGGUUCCCACUCCCAGCCCCCUCCCCAAUUUGCUUCUGGAAUUAGAGUUCCAGGGUUGUUGGCACUGAGUUAGUUCAGCUUGACUGGGGCAGCUCCCCACAGAGCAGUUCACAGCCCCCUUGUCAGGAGGGCAGACUGUGUGUGUGUGUGUGUGUGUGUGUGUGUGUGUGUGAUCUUGUUCCUGCAAUCCAUGAAAUUCCAGUUUCCAAGGCAACCUAUGCAGCUGUGACCUUGGAGGAUAACAGCUGUGGGCUGUGGAAGGCAAAAGGCAGAGUCUGAGGCCAGUCUCACAAACAUGCCGAGUGAAACUUGAGGAAUCUCUGCCUUUGAGGUCGAGUUCAAAGGCUCUGUACCUCUUCCUCACCCUCUUCCCCCACCCCACUUCCUGCCUCCCUCCCUAACUUCAGGAGUUAGAAUGGCCAGAUGUGGUCCCUGAAAUACAACCAGGAGUUGUGCUGUUUGCUACAAAGAUUCUGAUUCUCUACCUAUGGGGGAAACUUCGAACUUUGAGGGACCCCUGGUGGAAGGAAAGAGAAGAGCAACUGUUGGCCAGCCAUGGGAAGCAUUGGUUUGUGAAACAGUGAUGUGGGGGCAUAUCACUGAGCACCCGUGGUCCAUAUUCAUGAAAGGCCAGAAGCCAAACAGUAUGGUACCUGGUACAUAAUAGGUGCUUGAUUGAAACACAGCGUGUGCCCCUCCAUUUUAGGUCAAAACAGAUCUUCAAAAGAUGACUUGAAGAGAAAACAAAAAAGCUCAUAGAGAAAAGCAAUCUAAAAAAUGUAUGUGGAAGAAGGAAGAGCCCUCAUUUAUGCUUAGGUGACAGUGGGAGAGUUUGCAGGCUGAUUGUAUAUGGGUAUAUGAAGCUCUGGUCUUUUUUUAACAUCUAUUUCCAAAGUCACCUCAUUCUUUUCCAUCUUUGAGUCACUCUCUACAGACCCCAUAUGGGAUCUUCCAAAAGCCUUUCUCAGGACAGAGUCUCCCACUGACAUCAUACUAGCAAAAAAUAAUCCUUAAGGGAAAUAAACACCCAGAACUAAGAAUAAUGCAUUGAUGAUCCAGAGAGCAAACGCCAUACAAAGUACCAUUGCCUAAACUGGUUUGGAUUUAGAAACGCAUUAUACCAAAUCACAGCUGUGCCUAAGCAGACCUCUGAUCCUUAAAACAUUUUUUGUCAAUGAAACUAUGAUUUUUCCAUAAGUUAUUUGGCCCUGCCUCUAUAGUUUCAGGACAAUAUGAAAGAGACUCAUUAGGAAUGCACAUCCUUGGGGUCAGGCCACUUCUGGCUAUGCCUCUCUGUCCAUAGAGUUCAUUGCAGUUUUGUUCACAUCUGUAUGCAUUUAACCAUUUGAAUACAUAUGCAAGUUUUGUUGAACACUUCUGGAAACAUUUUAAUAAAGCAUUCUU